AUGAUUGUUUCCGAAUCUUCAAUGAGAAAUGCCGUUCUCUUUUAUCUCUGUCUGAUUUGGCUACUGCCGGUUUCUGCAAAACAGAACCAAACGCUGUUUCAUUUCUCCCCCAACGUAGAUGCUUUCUACAGAGAGCAAGAACUUUCCGAAAGGAGAAAUAAUAGUUGUAUAAUGGGUAUUCCUGGAGUGAAGUGUGUAAACUAUUUCAACCGUGAAUGCUUCCACUGUAGUUCCAUUUCAAGAACAAGCGAUCAAGAAAAUCAGCUUAUUAUUGUUAGCAAGGAAAAUAAAAAAGAGGCACUCCAGAGCAACAAUAGGUUUUUUAAUGAACACUCCAAUAAGCAAAGGAGCUACUAUAAUAUUGAAAAGACUGGACCAAAAUACAACUACAAGAGAGAUAAAGUUAUUGGUGUCAACUUGGGUGGUUGGUUAGUCACAGAACCAUUUAUAACCCCAUCUUUAUAUGAAGCUGCAUCCAAAGAUGGUACAGAGGCCGGGACACCGAUAGAUGAGUACAAUUAUUGUCUACAGCUAGGCCCAGAUAUUUCAUUUCAGAGAUUGAAACACCAUUGGGAGACAUGGAUAACUGAGGAUGAUUUUAUUAAGAUAAAGAGUUACGGCUUCAACUCUGUGAGGUUGCCUAUUGGAUAUUGGGCAUUUGCACAUCUGAUAGAUGAUCCUUAUGUUUUUGGACAAGAAGAAUACUUAGAAAAAUCGAUUGAGUGGUGUAGAAACCAUGGAUUGAAACUUUGGAUUGAUUUGCAUGGUAUUCCUGGUUCGCAAAAUGGAUUUGAUAAUUCUGGAAGGAGAGAUCAUCUUCAAUGGAUGAAUCCCAUUACAAAUUACAACCUCGGUUUGGAGGUUAUUCGAUAUAUCUUUGAAAAAUAUGGAGAUGACCAAUAUUCAGAUGUUGUCAUUGGAUACCAAAAUUUGAAUGAACCCUUACAUAAUGUAUAUCAACCAGAAAACAUAAUUAAAUUCGACAAGGAAGCUUAUAAACUGUUACGUCAAAUAACCAACAACUAUUUUGUGUACCACGAUUCAUUUUUAGAUGUUGAAUUUUGGGAAGCCUAUCUAUUAGAACCGGAAUUUAUCCACACUGUUCUUGACCAUCAUAGAUACCAAGUCUUUGAAACGCAUUUGCUAAAGUAUACGGUUGAUGAACAUCUUGAAGCGUUGAAGAAGCAUGUAUCAAGAUACAUGGCUGUUGAUAAACUACAGGUGAUUGGAGAAUGGUCGGCAGCUCUUACUGAUUGUGGAAAAUGGCUCAAUGGAGUUGGAAGGGGUGCAAGAUACGAUAAUACCUAUGCUGGAACAGGCGUGAUUGGUGAAUGUAAAUACAGUGAUGAUCCGAGCAAGCUGACAGAUCAAGACCGUGACAAUACGAGAAGGUUUAUAGAAGGCCAGCUAGAUCUAUACAGUAAAGUCGAUGGGUUUUUCUUCUGGACGUACAAGACCGAGAGUGCCAUUGAGUGGAGUAUGAAAGACCUUUUGGAGAUUGGACUCUUCCCACAACCAUUGAGCGAUCGCAAGUACCCAAAGAUUGCGUAA